UAGUGUGUCCAGGUGAGCCGUGCGUGCCGACAUGAAAUCACGCCAGCUCAUUUGUUUGAUUUUUCUGUCAAGUUUAACGUUCGCCUCAGGGCAGAAUUUAGGGUGCCAUGAAAAACAAUGGCAGUGUGAUGAUGGCAGCUGCAUCCCUAACAAAUGGAGAUGUGAUGGAGAUGGAGACUGCCUGGAUGGCUCUGAUGAGAUGGACUGUACUGCCUCUCCCGAUUGUCAGCCAGGCCAGUUUCCAUGCAUGGACUCAGUUGCCUGUGUUGACGCCUCUGCGCGCUGUGAUGGGAAAAAGCAGUGUCCGACCGGCUCUGAUGAGGAGAACUGUGCAGUCUCAGAGGGCUGUUUAAACUCAGACUGGACAUGUCAGAACAAAAUUUGUAUUCCCAAAGAGCUGCGCUGCGAUGGAAAGAACGACUGUGUGGACAACUCUGAUGAAGAGGGCUGUGAUGUGUGUAGCGAGGACGCCCUAUCUUGUCCCGAUGGCAUGUGUCUUUCUGCUGAAGAAAGGUGUGAUGGGAAGGUCCACUGCUCUGAUGGCAGCGACGAGCCCAUAACCUGCGGGCAUACUUGCUCUGUGAACAAUGGCGGUUGCAGCCACUUGUGUGUAGAUGAGACCUGGGGUGCACUGUGCACAUGUCCUGCUGGAUAUGAACUUUCUGUCAAUGGAGCAGUCUGCAAAGAUUUGGAUGAAUGUGGCCUUCCCUCUGCACCAUGCCUGCAUCAAUGCACCAACACGGUUGGAUCUUUUGUUUGCCACUGUAGAGAAGGCUUCAAACAGAAUGGUGGCAUUGCCUGUCUAGCUACAGGUAACGAUACUCGACUGCUGACAGUAAUGAGGACGUCUGUAGGGCUGCUGAAUGUCAAGUCUCAACGGUUUGAUGUCGUCCAGAGUCUUUUGUUCAACCCAGUGGCCCUGACAUAUGACAUUGCCAGAGGCUGCUACUACUGGGCUGAUGGUGCAGGCCGCAUAUAUAAGAGCGAUGGACAGCGCAGCAGAACAAUCUAUACUGGUGAGCUUGGAGUUAAGGGCCUAGCUUGUGAUUGGCUGAAUGGAAACCUGUUCUGGACCAAUCAGAGGACAGAAUCAAUCUUCAUGCAAGCAGAUGACAAAAGUUAUACUACUCUGUUGAGCAAAGACAUCAGUCCGUCAGAAUUGGUUCUUAUACCAGUGGAGAGCUUGAUGUUUUGGUUCAACACAGGCCCUGCUGAUAGGAUGACCAUUGAAAAAUCCUGGAUGGAUGGAUCAGACAGAAGCACUAUGGCUGUGCUAACAGCUCAGUCGGCCCAUGGGCUCACAGCGGAUGCCGCAGCCAGAAGGCUCUACUGGAUUAGUGACUUUAAGAAAUCCAUUGAGACAAUGAAUGUGGAUGGAACGGGCACCUAUUCCUUUACUGGACUGUUCAACCGGAGACCAGCUCUGAGCCUGGCUGUGUUUGGAAGUUCCUUCUAUUGGGUUGAUGAUAAGGGCCUCUGGCAGGUGCCUCAGGACCAACCAAGCCAGAGGAAGUUUCUCUGGAAAUCCACAGUUCCAUUGCUCAGUGUUUACCAUGAGCUGCAGCAGCCUAGAGGCACUUCUGCAUGUGCCAAGACCCCGUGCCAUAUCUGUCUUCUAACUAACAGCAACCCUGUAGGGUUCACGUGCACUUGUCCCAACUCCAAAAUUCUGAUGCUUGAUGGAACAUGUGAAUAUCCUAGGUUCCUUUAUGCUACCUCCAGCAGUAUCAAUAUGUUGGCGUUUCAAGGCAGUGUGUUCACCAAAACUGAGCUCUUUUCCACUGACGAGAGCAUCUUGUCAUUUGAUGUCGACUGGAAUCAAGACUGGCUGUAUUGGGCCAACCAAACUGGACACAUCCAGCGCACCAGCUUAACCCGAGUCAAGACUGAAUGGAUUCCGACACCUAUGUCAGUUUGCCAAAUAAAAGUUGACCAGAAGAGUGGCAGCAUCUAUUGGGUGUCACGUGACCAAACCCGCAUUGGUUCAGUAGAAGUGAAUAGUCGUUAUGCGCAGCAGUUGUAUCACACGACAAAGCAGAUUCAAAACUUUUACCUGGAUUGGCUGAGGGGUGGGAUCAUCUGGCUGGAGGAGCAGAAGAUCUUUAGUAUGAGCAUGACCGGAAGCAAAGCUAAAGAACUUGUGCACUUGGCAGAAGUCACAGAGAACAUUGCCUUUGACCUCAGAGCCGCUAGUCUGCUGUGGAACUCAAAAAUGGGAGGCCUGACAACAAUGAGUCUGCUCCAGGAUAAAAAACACCAAGCUGGAAAAAGAUGGAAUAUUUCCGGCUCGGUGGUAGGCGCCUUUGAGCCAUACCUGCUGUCUCGCUACAAAGACGCCAUGACUCUGUGGGAUCGGCGUGAUGGGCGCCCCGUUCAAGAUGUGACUGUGAAAGGUCAAGUGGUCAAUGUGAUGACUGCACUUGAGGACAUACAUGCAGUACCUGUGACUGUGAUCUGCAAUACGCCAGCUAUGCUGUGUAGGGACACAUCUAUCUGCCUCACUCCAAACCAACUGUGUGAUGGCAAGGAAGAUUGUCCUGAUGGAGAUGACGAAGAUUUUUGUGUUAAAACAUGUCCAUCCAAAGACUAUUUUAAGUGUAAAGACCGGAGGAGAUGUGUGUCCAAGACUCUGCUCUGCGACGGACGUUCUCAUUGCUUCGAUGGCUCGGAUGAGGUUGGCUGCCCUACUGUUGCCUUGCCGGUGACUCAAGCAAAUGUCCUCAAGUGUCGCAAGGGCUAUAGGCAAUGCAAAAAUGGGGUAGAGUGUGUAUCAUACAGCCAUGUGUGCGAUGGAGAGAGAGACUGUAAGGAUGGGUCAGAUGAAGAAGAAUGUGAUGAACAGCAUGUGACCGCACCAAAACCAUCCAUUGAAGCAUCAAGCAAAAUUGUACCAUCUCUGCCGUCCUGUAUCAGUCCCUCUGUGCUUUGUCCUCAUCCUUCUGUUGGCCUCUGCAUCACCCCAAAGCAAUUUUGCGAUGGGCAAAAAGACUGUCCUGAUGGCUCUGAUGAAGAUAACUGUGUUAAAAGAUGUCCCUCUAAAAAUGAUUUCCGCUGCAAGGAUCGUAGAAGCUGCGUUUCUAGGAGCCUCGUUUGUGACGGCCGUGCUCAUUGUCACGAUGGCUCUGAUGAAGUUGGCUGUGCCGGUGUCGAAACCCCUGCUCGCCAAGAAAAGGCCUUGAAAUGUCUAGUGGGCGCUAAGCUCUGUCAGGAUGGGAGUGAAUGUGUGCUCUUCAGUCACGUGUGUGAUGGAGAGUUCGACUGCGCAGAUGGUUCAGAUGAAAAAGGAUGUGACACUACCAACCCUGUAAAAGAUCCCCGCCUGAAUCAAUCACCUUUACCCGUUAGUGCUCAACCUCCAAGUAAACCCGCCUGUCAGAGACCUUCAUUUAUUUGUCCAGAUUCUUCAUGUAUUCUCCCAACACAGCUAUGUGAUGGAAUAAAAGAUUGUCCUGAUGGAUCGGAUGAGAACUGCAUAAAACAAUGCCCAAAUAAAUUGGACUUUCUCUGCAAUGACCGACAAAGCUGUAUCUCCAAGAGUCUGGUUUGUGACGGCCGAUCUCAUUGCUACGACAGCUCAGAUGAAGUAAACUGUCCAACCGUAACUCCUACCACCUCCCGGGGAAACAUCCUGAAGUGCCGCUUGGGCUUCCGACUAUGUCGGGAUCAUACUGAAUGUGUUCUUUUUAACCACGUGUGUGAUGGAGAAAGAGACUGUGGGGAUGGAUCAGAUGAAGAUGAAUGUGAAGCAACUCAAACUCCAUCUUCUGUCGUAAAUUCAAGCCUAAUGCAAUUGCCACCAUCUGUGAAAGCCUUUAAUACACCUCCCCCCAAGCCGUCUUGUAGAAGCCCAGCAGUGGCAUGUCCAGAUUCAUUCCUUUGCAUCAGCCCAACACAGAUCUGUGAUGGAACAAAAGAUUGUCCUGAUGGAUCAGAUGAGAACUGCAUAAAACAAUGCCUAAAAAAAUUGGACUUUCUUUGCAAAGACAGGCAAAGCUGUAUCUCCCAGAGUCUUGUUUGUGAUGGCCGAGCUCAUUGCCGCGACAGCUCAGAUGAAGUCAAUUGUCCAACCGUAGCUCCGCCCACCACCCAAGGAAAGGCCCUGAAGUGCCGCUUAGGCUUUCGACUAUGUCGGGAUCAGACUGAAUGUAUUAUUUUUAGCCACGUUUGUGAUGGAGAGAGAGACUGUGAGGAUGGAUCAGAUGAAGAUGAAUGUGAAGCAACUCAAGCUCCAUCUUCUGUCGUAAAUUCAAGCCUAAAUCAACUGCCACCAUCUGUGAAAGCAUUUAAUACACCUCCCACCAAGCCGUCUUGUAGAAGCCCAGCAGUGCCAUGUCCAGAUUCAAUCCUUUGCAUCAGCCCAACACAGAUCUGUGAUGGAACAAAAGAUUGUCCUGAUGGAUCAGAUGAGAACUGCAUAAAACAAUGCCUAAAAAAAUUGGACUUUCUUUGUAAAGACAGCCAAAGCUGCAUCUCCCAGAGUCUUGUUUGUGACGGCCGAGCUCAUUGCCGCGACAGCUCAGAUGAAGUCAAAUGUCCAACCGUAGCUCCACCCACCACCCAAGGAAAGGCCCUGAAGUGCCGCUUAGGCUUCCGACUAUGUCGGGAUCAGACUGAAUGUGUUAUUUUUAGCCACGUUUGUGAUGGAGAGAGAGACUGUGAGGAUGGAUCAGAUGAAGAUGAAUGUGAAGCGACUGAAACUCGAUCUUCUGUAGAAAAUCCAAGCUCAAAUCAAUUGCCCCCAUCUGAGAAACCCAUGAAUACUCCUCCCCCCAAGCCAUCCUGUAGAAGUCCAUCAAUGCUGUGUCCAAAUUCAUUCCUUUGCAUCAGCCUAAAACAGCUUUGUGAUGGAACUAAAGAUUGUCCUGAUGGAUCAGAUGAGAACUGUCUGACAAGAUGUGUUUAUGAGGGUGAGUUUCUGUGCAAGGAUCGUAGGAGCUGUGUCUUGAAGACUCUGGUUUGUGAUGGACGCUCUCAUUGCCACGAUGGCUCGGAUGAAGUUGACUGUUCGACUGUAGCUCCCCGCUUGACUACAACAAAUGUCCUGAAAUGCCAUACAGGCUCAAAGCUAUGCAACGAUGGCACGGAAUGUGUUUUAUACAGCCACAUUUGUGAUGGAGAAAAGGAUUGUUUGGAUGGAUCUGAUGAAGACGGAUGCCAGAAAACCUGUAAACAAGGUGAAUUUCAGUGCGCCCAUGGUGCAAUGUGCAUCCCUGAAGUCCAAGUUUGUGACGGGAGGGCUCAGUGUCGUGACCGUUCUGAUGAACUGGACUGUUGGGAACAAAGCAAAAGCUGCGAGUAUCGCUGUGCAGAUGGCCAUCGCUGUAUCCCAAAUAAAUUCUUGUGCGAUGGAGAGCUAGAUUGCCGAGAUGGCACGGAUGAACUCGGAUGUGAUCCUGUGACCAUAACAGCCACACCUAUGCUUCUGAGUCCUGAAUCAGUUUGCAUUGCUCCUUCAGUUCGCUGCCCAGGUUCAUCAUUGUGUAUCUCUCAAAAUCAGCUCUGCGAUAGAAAAAAAGAUUGUCCUGAUGCAUUUGAUGAGAGGGAUUGUAUUUUCCAGUGUAAGAGCCGAACUGAUUUCUUGUGCAGUGACCGGCAAAAGUGCAUCCCCACAAUCCACGUGUGCGACGGCCGUGCCCACUGUCCAGACAGCUCAGAUGAGCGGCAGUGCGAAUCAGUGGAUCUUGCCACUCCUUCUCCCCUGGACAAAAAUGGUGCCGUGUCACCUCUGAAAUGUCGCAAAGGAUUCAAGGCUUGUAAAACUGGUCUGGAGUGUGUGAUGUAUAGCCACGUGUGUGACGGCGAGGAUGACUGUCAGGAUGGAUCAGAUGAAGAGGCAUGUGCCACUCAGUGCAAAUCAGAUGAGUUUGAAUGUCAGCACGGUAAUCGAUGCAUCGCACCAGAGAAGGUAUGCGACGGACAGUAUGACUGUCGGGACCGAUCCGAUGAAAUGGACUGUGAAAGUCUAACUUCGGGCUGUCAGCACCGCUGUGAUAAGACACGCUGCAUACCAGCAACCUUCCUGUGUGAUGGCGAGAGAGACUGCGUUGAUGGAUCAGAUGAGAAGAAAUGUGGUUUGGCGGCCUGUGAAGUUGAACAAUACCGUUGCAUUAGUGGCCAGUGUGUAUCUGAGGCUCUUCGAUGUGACGGCUACGCUGACUGCAGUGACCGCUCUGAUGAGGUCAACUGCGCAAGGCCCCCACGCUGCCCCACAGAACUGCGAUGCCCUCACAGUCACGAGUGCCUGCAGAGCGAAUGGUUAUGUGAUGGCGAGGAUGACUGCAAAGAUGGCUCAGACGAAAAGAACUGCUUGACUAAACCUCCGUCGUGUAGAGAAUACCAGUGGCAGUGUGAAGGCAGCAGUCAAUGCAUUCCUCUAUUCUGGAGGUGUGAUGGGAAGACGGACUGUCACAACAGCAUGGACGAGGACAAAUGCAACGAGAGAAAGUGCCCUUCUCAUCUUUAUCAAUGUGGCAGUGGUGAGUGUGUGAACAUGCGACUGGUGUGCAACGGCUUCACCAACUGUGCUGACAGUUCAGACGAGGGUGUGGGAUGCACACUGCGCAACUGCUCCAGUCCAUUAGCUCCUCGGUGCGAACAUAGUUGUGUCAGCACACCAAAUGGACCGAGGUGUUAUUGUGCAGCAGGUUUCACACUACAUUCCGGUGGUGCGUCUUGUGUGGACACCAACGAGUGCAAUUUGUUGCAGCAUGAGGCAUGCAAACACAGCUGCAUCAACACCCGGGGAUCCUACGUGUGCCAUUGCCACCCUGGGUUCUACCUGGAACCAGACAACAAAAGCUGCAAGACAAAGGAUGAGCCACUGCUGCUGGCAUCAGUUCAGUCAGAACUGUUACUUCUUGGCAUUCAUAGUGGCACCUUACGUCUUGUGUCUUCUGCCAAUCGACCUGUUUUUUCACUGGAUUACCACUGGGCUCAGCAGAGAGUUUACUGGCUGAGUCCUGACUACCAGAGCAUCCGUUGGGCUGACAUGACAAAAGACUCAAACAAAAAAGGGACUCUUAUCAAAGGAGUGAAGUCUGAUUCCAUUGCCAUAGAUUGGGUUGGUAAAAACCUAUACUGGGUGGAUGGACUAGUUGGACAGAUUCUGGCGGUGCGACUUAGCGAUACUAAAGUGAAAUCUCAAGAUUACAUUGUGGUCCUGGCUGAAGAUCUCGAGCAGCCCCGCUCGCUGGUCUUGCUGCCACACAAAGGGUUGAUGUUGUGGUCUGAGAUUGGCAGCACCCCUCAGAUCCAGCGGUCUGGGAUGGACGGCUCAAAGAAGAAGGUCGUGGUGAGCAGUGGCUUGAGCUGGCCUGUUAGUUUGGCCUAUGAUUUCCUGGAUGACCGUGUGUACUGGGCUGACGAGAAGAUAUGCUGCAUUGGCUCUGCCACCCUGGAUGGAGAUUAUAUAAAGAUCCUUCAGUUAGCUGAAACUCUAAGCCCAUUCUCUGUGGCAGUCUUCAAUGACCGGCUUUUCUGGUCUGACACAAAACGAAGAACCAUCCGCUCAGCUGACAAAAACACUGGUAAAGAUCAGAAGGUCCUUCUGAAGAGACCAGGACAACCUUUUGGGCUCAAGGUGAUGCAUACCCUCUCUCAGCCCUCUAUAUCAAACCCCUGUGACCAGCUGCAAUGCUCCCACCUUUGUCUCCUGACUCCAACGCAGAAGGCACUAGUUAAAGAGCCAGCAGCAGUAUGUCGCUGCCCAAAGGGGCUUCUACUCUCUAAAGACAAGAUCAGCUGCUCUCUGCCUUUGGAAUCCAGUAUUAUCUUGCUUCUGUCCAACACAAAGGUCUAUCAGAUUUACCUGAAGUCCUUGCGUAGCGAUGGGGUCGGUCUGAAAAAUAUGCCGAACAGCCGUGUUAUGGCCCUUCCCGGUGUUGUUAAGGCCUCAGGAUUCGACGUAUCUAUGCAAGCAUUGUCUUUAUAUAUGGCUGAUAGUGGCCAAGCUACUGUAGAUCUGUUGAACUUAAGUGGUCCCAGAUCCAGGCAGGGACUGACACCAGCCGGGCGCAUUCUAAGUCUUAAGGAUGAUUCAGUCGUGGCUCUGGCUAUUGACUGGGCGACCUCCAACCUCUACUGGAGCAGUAAAAAAAAGCCUAAUCUCCAUGUGACCACUCGUCAUAAAAGCUACACCACCUCUCUGCUGCAGGGAUCACUGGCGGGCACAACGUCCAUUGCAUUGCAUCCGCCCUCAAGUCAACUUUGCUACACAGCCCUUGUGGCUGGCGGCAAGAGGCAACAUGAGGUGAGCUGUGCCUGGAUGGAUGGGAGCAACAAAGCAGUGCUUUGGAAAAAGUCCAACGUCCCCACAUCAUUAGUCUUUUCCAACAAAGGGACCACAAUCUACUGGGCUGACACAGGAGAAGGCCUAAUCUGUUCUAUUGGACUUGAUGGAUCUGGCUAUAAACAGUACAAAACUGGGCCAGGUUUGCUUACUUCUUUCACAUACACUGAGAAUAUCCUGCUCUGGAUAACCCUGGAAAAGGAUGUCACCAAAAUGUGGUUCAGCAAUGGCCUCCAGCCUCAACAGUUGUGGUUUGAGACAAAAACCAGCCUGGUGCAAAUUAAAGCUUACAGUAAUGACAGCCAGGAAGGAUCAAAUAGGUGCUCCAACAAAAAUGGGGAGUGUGCACAUCUUUGUUUGCCUUACCCUGGAGGUCGCACAUGCAAGUGCAGUCGUGGAUUUUACAGCAUCAGUCCCACUUCCUGUGCACCCGAGCACCCGUGUCCCAAUGGAGAGCAAGCUUGUCUUGAUAGCAGCAAGUGCAUCAGCAGCAAGAAGUUCUGUGAUGGACGUUUGGACUGUCCGGAUGAAUCCGAUGAACAGGACUGUCCAUAUAUGAACUUUCCUCUUGGGAAAAAAGUUUAUGACGACUAUCUUCCCAAGUCUUCACUCCCACCUCCUCACCAAAACCCUCCAAAGGACACUUUCGCAGAUGAGGAUUCUGCUUCAUGUGGUCAGCAACACUGUAGCGGUCAUGGCCGCUGUGUCAUGCAAGGCAAAGCCCAUCACUGUCACUGCAUCGCUGGUUACAAGGGAGAGUUCUGUCAAGAGGAGCAGAGUAGACGAAGCCAUGUGGGGGUUGUCCUCGGAGUAGUCUUUCUUUUUGCUGCAUUCACGGUUGUUGCUUACAUUUUUGGAAAAAGGCAAGCCUGGGCAUUGAUCAGAGGCCGAUCACCAGAGAAAGAAACACUCAUGGAUAAUAUGGGCCUACCUGGUGAACACUUUGACACUGACUGUGAGGAGCUUGAUUCCACAAUAGAUUUGACGAACCGUCCUGUAGCUUCAUAACAUCCAAUAAACGUCUGCUGGCAGAUCAGCUGUUUUGUCAAGUUUA